CGUUGGUUUGUUGUCCAACAUCAUCUGGAAAAACGUUUAUUUCUUUUUAUGCUAUGGAAAAAGUUUUACGUGAGGAUGAUGAUGGAAUCUUAGUAUAUGUUUCUCCCACAAAAGCUCUUGUAAAUCAGGUCACAGCAGAAGUAUAUGGCCGAUUUGAAAAAAAUUAUGCGAAGGGUGGCAAAACUGUUUGGGGAAUAAGGACAAGGGAAUAUAAUGAAAAUCAUGACAAGUGCCAAAUUUUAGUUACAGUUCCGGAAAUGUUAGAAAUUUUGUUAUUAUCGCCAUCCAAUGUCAAAUGGGUUUCAAGAAUUCGUCGUAUUAUACUUGACGAAGUACAUUGUAUAGGCGAAAUGGAUGGUGGCAGUACUUGGGAAUCCUUAUUACUUCUUGCGCAAUGUCCAAUAUUAGCCCUCUCUGCUACGAUUGGAAACCCUGAACCACUUAGUAGAUGGAUUGAAAAAAUUCAAACCACUCGUGGAUAUGAAACGAAAUUGAUUAAAACCACAAAGAGAUUUUCUGAUCUUCAAAAAUAUGUUUUCAUUCCAAAAUUUCCUUUACUUCCUUUAAUUGAAACUACUGUUAAACCAAAAGAAGAAUUACGUCAAGAUUGUUUGAUAUCAAUUCACCCAUUUUCAGCAAUAUCUUCAGUGGUUAUCGCUGAAAGUGGAAUUCCUGCUGAUUUAAAGUUAUUACCAUCUCAUUGUAUUGAACUUUGGGAUGCAAUGAAUCGAGUUCAUGAAAAUGAUCCUGAUCUUCAAAAAAUUAAUCCAGAUAAAUAUUUCAAAGAUAUUGGAUAUAUUGUAAAAGAUAAUGCGGACAAAUUUGAAACAGAUAUUAAGGAAUUGUUUAUAUCUUGGACUAAGAAUAAACCACAAAUGGCUAAAACGGUAAUCGAGAAUCUUGGUGAUGAUAUCAAGAAAAGAUUUGAUAAGUUAGAGUCUACUGCUAAAAUAGAUAAUGAAAAAUUGGAUAUUUAUGAUGAGAGUUUUUUUAAAAUAGCAAUUAUUCCUUUGCUGUGUGAACUUUCUGCUCAAGAUAAAUUACCAGCUAUAUUAUUUAACUUUGAUCGUAAUAAUUGCACUCAUUUGGCAAUCCAUAUAUUAGAGGAAUUAGAGUCUGCUGAGAAACAAAAAAAAAGCAAUGAUCCCACAUUUGAGGCAAAAUUAAAAGACGCUAUUGCACAAAAAGAAAAGUAUGAAAAAGAACUUAAACAAAAGAGAGAUGCUAAAAAAAGAAAAGAUGAUGAUGAUAAACUAGAACUUCCUAUGCCGGAUAUCUUUGAUUGGGAAGCACACGAUCCAGAUUUCACCUUUGUGAAUCCCAAAUAUCGAAUGCCCUCUGAUGAAUUUCAAGAGUUAAUUAAUACAUUCAAACAUAAAAUGACCGGACCAUUAUCUAAACUUCUUGACGCAUUAGAAAGAGGAAUCGGUGUUCAUCAUGCGGGUCUUCCAAAGAAAUAUCUUGGUGCUGUUGAGAUCCUGUUUCGAAAACGACAUCUAAGUGUCGUAAUUGCAACUGGUACUUUGGCCUUAGGAAUCAAUAUGCCAUGUCGUACUACAGUAUUCGUUGGUGAUUCUACAUAUUUAACACCCCUUCAAUAUCGUCAAAUGUCAGGAAGAAGUGGACGCCGAGGUUAUGAUCCAAUAGGACAUGUAGUAUUCUUUGGAAUAACUUUAACCAAAAUUAAAAGGCUUUUAACGUCAGCAUUGCCAGCUAUAAGUGGACAUUUUCCAUUGACAACCAGUCUUGUGUUGAGAAUGUUUAUAUUACUUAAUAAUUCUGAAGACAAAGAUUAUUCCGAAAAAGCAGUUUCAGGAUUAUUUGGGGAUUCAUUCUUUUGUCUUGGGAAAGAACAUUUGUCAGGACAAAUCAAACAUCAUCUUAGAUUUUCUAUUGAGUAUUUAAGACGUGAAAAUAUAUUAGACGAAAAAGGAGAUCCAAUAAAUCUUUCUGGAAUGAUUUCACACCUUUAUUAUACAGAACCAAGUAAUUUUGCAAUGGCAGCUUUAUUUAAACAUGGUGUAUUUCACAAAAUUUGUUCAGAAAUUAAAACAAAUCCAAUAGGAAUGAUGGAAAAUUUGAUGUUAAUCCUAUCACAUCUUUUUAAUAGAAAAAAAUUACGAACUGUUGACCGAAGUUUUUAUAAUGAAAUAUUAAAAAAAUAUCCAUCAAAGAUAUUUUUAGAAAAACCGCCUAAAGAAAUUCGUGAAAUUUUGAAGCAACACAAUGAACGUAUAUUAGAAAUUUAUACGGAUUAUGUUAUAGCAUUUACAAGACAGAAUCUGACCAAUCUGGGGCCAGACAAUCAGUUACCACUUUCAAAAUUCGAAUUUCCUCCAAAACAACUUGAAGAGAAUAUUCAACAAGAAUGGGAUUUAACUACAAAUUUGAAUUCCAUGGCUAUUCCUUUCAGUGCUCGAUCACCUUUUAUCGCAAUGUGUGGAUCUAUUGGAGAUAAAUUUCUUAAUAUUGAAGAUUUAUGUGAACAUAUACAUCACAAAAUUUACUUGGAUUUGCAUAAUAUCCCUUAUAUAAAACUUAAUGAAAAUCUUAAUGCAUAUUUGAUGGAUUUCUUUAGUCAUGGACAAGAAAAAACUCUUCAUCUAGCAAAUGGCAUACGUCCUGGUGAAGUUUGGCAAUGUUUAAAAGAUUUUGACUUUGUUCUUCAAACAAUAGUUACAUCAUUGGAAGUUCGAAAGGUUGAAGAUGAGGCAGAUGUUUUAAAUGGGUUUAAGAUG